GGCGGCCCUGCUUCCGGCGAGCGGAGGACAAUACCGAAUGACGCAAGUCUCCUUUUUCCCUCUUCUGCAAAUCACCACACAUAUAUAUAAGCAACGAUGGUCAAAAAGUUUGCAGAUGUCCAGCCGGGCGGAAGUCUGAUUCUCGCCUGGCAGGUGAAAGACAAAAAUGUCCUCGUUGUCGGCGGAGGCGAGGUCGCCGCAGGACGAAUUCUCAACUGCCUGAAUGCGGAUGCAAAGGUUACAGUAGUAUGCCCAAAGUCGGGGCUCAAUCCAGAGGUCGCCUACCGCCUCGCCGAGAAGCAAAUAACACACAUCGAUCGACUCUUCGAACCGACCGACCUCGAUACUGCCGACAUGGUCAUGGUGGCCGUUGACGACCCUGCCGCUUCCACUGCGAUUUGGAAGCUGUGCAAAGAAAAGAGAAUCCCCGCCAAUAUUGCCGAUGUACCGCCAGAGUGCGACUUCUACUUUGGCAGCGUGCAUCGUGAUGGCCCGCUGCAAAUCAUGGUCAGCACCAACGGCAAGGGGCCUAGACUAGCUGCGUCGAUUCGCAAACUGAUUGCUGGACGGCUGCCCAAGAAUGUUGGCAACGCCAUUGAAUCGGUAGGCGAGCUACGAAAGAGACUUCGUAAAGUGGCUCCCAAGGCGGAGGAAGGGCCUCAGCGCAUGAAAUGGAUGUCCAAGGUCAGCGAUACGUAUACAUGGGAACAAAUGUGUGAAAUGACUGAAGAAGAUAUGGAAAACCUAUUAUUGUUCUACCCUGCGAACAAGGUUCCCAACUUUUCCAUCCUGGUGGCUCUCCGUGGCGGCCAGACGGUUCAGGACCUGGACGUCUUCCAAGGGCAGUUUGGUUUCAGCGUCGGCGUAUAGAGUUCUUUGGGCAGCUUCAUUUGGUUUGGCGUUUCAGACUGUGCUUUAUUAUGUAGACUAGAACAAGAAUGUACAAUACGGAGUCGUCCUAGCGAUGCUAGAGUGGCUAGCUACGGGCAGGCCUCGACAGUCAAUAACAAGUCGAAUAUUGAAUACAUGUAUACGUAUAGAGUAUUUACAAACGUAAAUCACUUACUAUAAAACUCAUAUCAUUUAUAUUCUGUCUCGUAGGCUGCUGGUGUCCCGC